CUGUCCCAGCUCCUCAAUGAGAUCAGGGCAAACUAUGAAACGCUCAUCACCAGAAGUCAGAUAGAGACCAUCCUCUCAGCAGGGACCCAGGUAAUGAUUAUAUACAGAAAGGCACCUACCCGAAUAAGGAGGCAAUCCAAUGUGUACUCAGUUCCUCUCUCAGCCUCUGUGAGCUAGAAGAAGCCACUAGUGAAAGAAUGAGCAAAGACGAGGAAGCGCUAAAAGCAGCCAGGGCAGAGCUAAAUGAAGCAAGACGUCAAUGGCACCAUAUGCAGAUGGAAAUUGAUUCUCUCCACGCUGUGGAAAAGGGUCUGGAAAAUUCUCUGCGCACCACAAAACAGCAGUACCAGGCACAACUGAAGCAUCUGGAAGCAGAGAUUGAAGGCCUGGAGAGAGAGCUACAUAAAGUGCGGCAAGGGAUUGAAAAGCAGCUGCAGCAACACGAACUAUUACUAAACACUAAGAUGAGGCUUGAGCAAGAAAUAGCUACAUACCGCAGUCUGCUAGAGAGGGAGGAGAAAAGGUUCCAUCGUUCUGCGUGCCAAGACAGAAAAGGCAACAAAAAGCGCACCACUAGCCAAAUAGCGUUUAUCUUACCUUCAUCAAGUGAGCUAAAGGCUCACGAGAUUGAAAAAGUGGAAAUACUGACAAAGCAAGCAGUCUUAAAUGGAAAUGUCGCAAAGGAGAGCGCAGAGGCUUGUGGCACAAUACAGACGGAGAAAGUAGAUGAAGUGAUUAAAGAAUGGGAAGGCUCUUUCUUUAAAGACAACCCUCGCUUAAGGAAAAAAUCAGUUUCUUUGCGGUUUGAUCUCCACUUGGCAGCCACAGAUGAAGGUUGUAUACAGACUAAACAGAAAGGCCUGCCUGAUAUCGAAGUGAGAUUGGUUAUGAGGCGGUCUUGCAGUAUCCCAUCCAUCAAAACCUAAAUCUGCAUCACGUUAACCCAAAGAUUAUUCAUGGAUGGGUUUCAGAAAUAAAUGGCAGUAUGGACCCAGGUAGACCACAUGAUUGUCUCCUGUCUACCAAUACUAGGAGUAUAUUCUUUCAGCUAAUAUAUAUUCCUAUAAUCCUGUAGUUAUUUUGAAGAUGGCUCAUGCGUCUAUAUGAGAGGCAGUUACGGGAAUCCUGACGAGCAGAAUUCCUGUUAGUUAAAACACCUGAUGAAAUAGCUCCCCCGCCUUUAUUUUCCUCCAGAGAAGAAUUGUUUAUUUUUAUAAUUUUCAUCAGUUCUAUGUUUAAUGGGUUCAAAGACUUGUCUCUGCAGAACUAAACAUCUGCAUUUGAAAGGACUUCCUCUGCCACAGGAUUAUAAGUGAUUAUAACUUGUCCUUAGUCAUUUUUAUCUCCGUCAUUUUAUAUAUUUUCACCAACACUCCUUAGUCGCCGUUACCUCCCAGGAACUGGUAAUACAAAAGCUUCAAGAGGGCAAAUAGGCCUCAAGCCAUCUAAUUCCAAAGUAGUACAAUUAACACUCACUGUGAAACAUACACACAUUGCCCUUGUUCUGUCAGAAUGGGUAGAUAAUUUUUCACUUACCUGAGAUUCUAUAUUCCACCAUAGCUGGAUUUCUACCAACAGAUAAACCAUGAAAACAUUUCCUGCAGUUUGUUUAAAAUCUGAUUUAAGCCAUACCUUGCCACCGAUAAUAGCAUUGGUACUUUUGCGAGGUUAAGCUCAGGUGAGGCUGCUACUGAGGCAAAUUAUUUUUGAGUACAGUACAUUUCUUGUUGGCCUUUCACUGUGACUUGGAAUUUUAGCAAGUGAAAGACUUCCUUGAAAGGAAUGGACAGUUCCAAUACUUGGUUAUGGUUGUUUUUUCCAGACCAGACCAUUAUUUCAUAUAUGUUUUAUUACUUUUCUUCUUCGCCCCAAAAGACCCUAUGUAGGUAAAAUGCUUUUCGUAUCGAUUUUGCAAAUUCCUGCCAGCUCGUGAAUGUUGUAUAUUUUCUUGUUGUCUCUAUAGCUUGAAAUCAUGAUUUCAAGCCCCACAUUGGGCAAAAGAUUCCUGCAUUGCAGGGGGUUGGACUAGAUGACCCUCGUCUUCCUUGAACCCAGUGGCACGACUUCCUUGAACCCAGUGGCAAAACCUUUUAUUUCAAUACAUCUAGGGCUUCAGCUGCUAUGUUGUAGUUAUUACAGUAGCAGGGAUGAAGGUAUCUUAAGUAUAACAGUUACUUUAUGAUCUACUUGCCUAUAUUAUUAUUAUUAUUAUUAUUAUUAUUAUUAUUAUUAUUAUUACUUGUGUUUCGUCCUAAGCUCCCAGGGAAGGUUGCAACAUCACGACACAAUAUUAAAAACUGUUUCAAACAACUUAGCAAUUGCAGAAAUAAGGUGAGUCCUUAAAAUAUACAGUACACCUCAAAAGCCAGGGCAAAGAGGUAUAUCUUCAGCAUUUGCUAGAAGCUGUAUAAGGAAGGUGCCGGACACAAGGAGUUUCGCAAUUUAGGUCACAGACACCCCAGUGCAUCUGAAGGUGGAAGAAAUACCAAGAUGGCUGCCUCUGCCAGUCUUAGUACCCAAGAGAGACUUUAGGUAUUUGGGGAAAGAGACAUUUAGGGCUUUGCACAUUGAUAUGGGCACCUUGAACUGGGCCUGGAAACCAUGUGGUCUGUCGCCAUCGUAUUAACAACUGGAAAUACCUGCUUUGCAGUCAAUCAAAUGAUUCUAAAAAGGGCUACAAGCUUGAAGCCAACCUUGUGCUCAAAUCUCGCAUGUAUGAUGACGCUAAUCCCAAAAUCUGGAAUCCUGGCUUGCUACUCUAUCAUCCCAUUUCAGCUACAGAAACUCUGCACACAAGGUUAUAAGCAAGAACAAAAAAGAAUGAUAAUGGAUUUUAACGGCUUUUUAAAGUCUAUAUGUAUUGCCUGGUGAAUUCGGCUCUUGGCUACAAAAGUUCACGCUACAAUAAACGAGCCAUUAGAGGGCCACCAUGUGUCAUCAUCUUGCUUCAAAAGUUGCACUGACCAGAAUUUUUAAAGGAUAUUUCAAAGUGGCUUUCUUCCACUUUUUAUGCCAUAUUAACUUCCCAAAGCGGCAUAUUCCAGACUGAGGCUACAAUUCCACACACAUGCACAUGGAGGAGCAAACCUUCAUGAACUCUGUGGGGGUUACUUCUAAGUAGACAUGUCUAAGGUUGCCCUGUAAAUACCAUUCCUGGCAUCACCUCACUUGUGAAAGCAUUCAUUUCCAUGUAAAUCAGGGUGGGGAGUUAGUGUGGCGUUACCUAACAAUAAUUCUCAGCACCCCUUACCAUUGGCCAUGCUGGCUGGGAGUGAUGGGAAUGCCAUUAGACCAAUUGCUAUUACACAAUCUAUAUACAUUAAGCAGAAUGGCAAAAUACCCGAACCUAGAGAUCAUGGUUAUCCUUAGACCAGAAUCCAAAUGACAGCACAGCUAAGGAGGCUUUAGACAAGUGUUCCUUGAAGAGCUAAGUGUUCCUCAAGCUAAGUGGGAAUGCCUACCUCUGUGUCCAGGGCAGCUGUUUAUCAGCUCCAUCUGGUACGCAGGCUGAGACCCUACCUGCCCGCGGACUGUCUCGACAGAGUGGUGCAUGCUCUAGUUAUCUCUCGCUUGGACUACUGCAAUGCGCUCUACGUGGGGCUACCUUUGAAGGUGACUCGGAAA